CUAAUGUGAUGUUAAUGCUACGGCAACAAUUUUAGCAAACUUCUAGAUGGGUUUGAAUGAAUAAACAAAUUUCAUAAGAUUUUUUUACAUAAUAAAUAUAUGCAAAAAAGACUAGGUACAAAAUAAAAAAAGUUUAAAAAAAAUUGGAAUGAGAUUGUAAUUAUUUUUUAAAAUUAAAUACUAGUUUUUAAAAUAACAUUUCAUACAAAAAUCAGUUCUGAAAAAAUAUGAAUGUCUCGACAAAAUCUUCUGUAAGCAAUUAAAGUUAUUUGAUGUUUACAGUUCAUAAAAAUGUUCAAGGAUGAAGUUUUUGAUGUUGUCGAAAUUUUAUCUGAUGUCAGAGUAGAGAAAUACGUUUCCGACCAAUCUUCACAAACAAAGAAGCUUCAGACCUCGAAUGCUUUAUGUCAAUCAUCUGAUAAAAAAACACAGGAAGUUCAAACUGAUUUUGAACAAAUCCUUCCCCAGUCUACAUUAAUUCAAAUAGAUAAUUCUAAAAAGUUGGUGGAUUUUAUUAAAAGUGUUGAGCCACUUAUCAGUGAACAACUUAUUGCAAAUAUACGUAGUCAUGCUUUUGAUGACUAUGUUGUUGAUUGGAAUGAGAAUGAAAAAUUAACUGAAGUUGUAUGUAAAUACUCUUUAAAAUAUAGUGAUUUACCCAGUGAGAAACUUGUUACAAGUUUAACAUGGAAUGCUGUUGGUUCAGUAAUAGCUGCUGCUUUAGGUUGUGGUGAUCAUGAGUCAUGGUGCAUCCAUCAGUCUUUUGUAUGCUUUUGGAAUAUUGAUCGUGAUAGUAUUAACUUUGGUAGACCUGAUAAAAUUAUUGAAAAUGAUGUUUGCAUUACUUCACUUUCAUUUCAUCCUAAUGAAUCAGCUUUGAUUAUUGGGGGAGAUUUCUCAGGAAAAAUUUAUAUUUGGGACCUUAGUCAGCAAGAUAAUUAUCUAAUUUGUUUUUCUGGCAAAGAUGAAUUUUCUCAUCAAGAGCCAGUUUCUAGAGUUUUAUGGAUGACAUCAAAAAGUUCACGAAGUCAUAAAUUUGUAAGUUCAGGAUUAGAUGGUAAAAUAUGUGUAUGGGAAUUUAAUCAACUUAAAAAAGAACUUAUAUUGAAUAAAUGUUUUUUAUUACCAUCAAACAGAAUGCAUACUUUUAAAAAUUCAAAGUCAGAUUCUCUUUUGGGUAUUACUUGUGUUACUCAAUGUCCCAGUGAUUUAAGUCAUAUAUUACUUGGAACUGAAAAUGGUUCUGUAUUUAGAUGUUCCAUUGAGUUUGAUAUAAGUGGUAAAGAGAGGAAGGAGUAUGCUGCAACAACUUCUUUUGAAGGGCAUACUGUAAGUGUCAACUCAAUAGACGCUUCACAGUGUGUUGAUGAUUUGUUCCUGACAUGCAGUUCUGAUAUGACUGUUCGUGUAUAUUGUUUAAAUAAACGAAAACCAAUUUUCAUAAUAGAACCCACAUCAAAGUAUUUGCUAUCAGCGCGUUGGUCUUUAAGUAGACCAGCAGUUUUUUAUCUGCUUAGUGCUGAUGGAAAUUUUAUUAUUUAUGACUUAUUAUUGAAUUCAGUUUCUGCAGAUUCCACUUUACUUAUCCAGCAGGAACAUCUUCCAGUGCCAUCUAUAGCAUUAAAUAAUUCCCAGUUGGACAUUUUUGCUACUGGUGAUUUCAAAGGAAAUAUUCAAAUUUGGUCUUUGCCAUCCAUUUAUGUCAAUGAAAAAAAUACUGAAAAACUCUUUUUUAAAGAAUUUGAAGAAAAUGAAUAAAAUAAUUAGCAUUAUAACAUAUAUGAAUGUGAAUAAUUGUUGAACAAUGGCAUAACAUUAUUAUAUUAGUUAUUAUAGUAAUAUAUUUAAUAUUUUGUAAAAUUGUAUAAAGUCCUUAAAUAAUGCAAAACUAACAAAAUAAAUUCAAAAUUUAUGUUAAGCGUUUUUAGUUACUAUCUUUUUGACCUAUUUUUUAAUUAUUUAUCAUAUUUCUUUCUUAUUUAAUGUAAUUCACGUCAUUUGUGGAUAUUCUUAUUUAUUGUUGUUAUGAGAUUAUAGUUGUAAUUAUUAUGUCUAAUAAAUUGUUAUAUCAAUCUAAUUAAAUAAAAUUUUUAACUUCUAACA